AUGCACUACCUCACACUAUCCACCCUCGUCCCCCCUUUCCUCUCAACCCUCACCUCCCCAUCCCUCCUGACAUACGCCGGCGGCCCGUCUACCGUGUCCCACAUCAUGGACUGGCGCGAGCUCGCCGCCCGGCCGACUGUCCACAAAAUCAGCUUUCCCGGCGUCGAGGGCUGGCAGAAACUCAAGGGCGCGUGGGCGGGAGGAAAGAAAGUCGGGAGUAAUGUCGAGGAGGAGGGGGACGGGGAUGAUGGCGUGGUAGAUUUGCAGAAAGAGAGGGAGAGGGAGGAGUGGGAGUAUGGGGUGGAUAGGAAGAGGGGAUGGAUCAUUGGAGCGACGUGGCUGAUAGCGUUUGCAGUGGACAUCAUACCACUAUACUACCUCAUCCGCCGCCCAACCCACAUCCUCGACUUUGCUCUCACCCUCAUAUUCAACCACUUCAUUCUCACCACCUACUACUCUGCCUCUUUCCCCACGUCCUUCUUCUACUGGAUAAUACAAGCCCUAGGAGCGGUCAUGAUGAUCGUUUCUGCCGAAUGGCUUUGCGUCCAGCGAGAGAUGAAGACAGAGCUAGACAUUGGAUUCACACCGAAUAUGGAAGAAGGAAGGGCGCUCAUGAGCGAUCCUCCGUUCGUGCCCUCGUCCCAAGCCGGGCCCAGCAGGUCAAGAGUUGAGGAAAUCGAGUUGGCUGAGAGAUAG